GGUGUUGUCUCUCCAGUAGAAGGAUGCUGGUUUGGGUCUGGCAAGAACCAUAAAAUCAUCUAGUACAGCUCCCUUGUUUGUGACAUCGCCCUUGAGCAGCUACUGCUCCCAGCCUCAGUUAAGUACAAGCUGCUCACUCUGUUUCAUAGUUAUACACAAACGUAAGUUCUUGAGAAAUAGCUUUGCAUUAAAUCAUUUGCAAACUUCAGUUUAUUUCCUCAGGAUUAAGAAAUAAGAGUAAUCAACUUCUAAGAAAAGAUAAGUACGGUUCUGAUAUACAUGAAGCACAAACUAGCAUAUAUAUCUUUGCAUAAUUAAGAUGGAAAAGAAAGCAUACGAGCCAUAGUAAAGCUGCUGAACUAUGACAACACUAGAGGAAUCAUACUAGAAUCCCUCAAUUCCUCAUCUAUUAUGGUUAUAUGAAAGCAACAUGGAACCACCAUGCCUCGAAAUUUCAUUCUUAGUUUAGUGUUUACAGAAAGUUGAGGUGCAGGGUUAAGCGCCUCGUUAAUCUAUUCAAGUUCUUGUGAAGUGUGACUAUCAGUUCUGGUGAUUUUCUUGAGAGAAAAGGGAGUUGUUGUUUUAAAUUAACUGGCAAAACGACCAUGAACAUGCAGGUGGCGCGAACCAGGAAAAUGUUGAGCUACGAUGAUGCCCGUGAUUAUGUGACGUUCCUGUUCAUCAUGCUGAAGAAGGAAACAGUAAUCUUGUUUCGCAUCGAGUUCCUGGUGGUCCUCGUCACAAUCCUCUUCUUCGCCAUGUUCCUCAUGGAUUUCUUUCGCCGCAUCAUCCACAACUCGUUCAUGAGGGCCGUCUUUAGCGCCUUCGACGCCGCCUCCGACUCCAUUGUCUUGUACCUCCUGGGGGCCAUGCAGUCGGCGCCUUUCAAGAACCAGCUGUUCCCAGUCUGGGCGCUUGUGCUCGUCAACUUCCGUUACAGCGCAGAUUACGUCUCCGGCUAUGGUGUUCCUGACCGCCGCGGGCGGAGGUUCACCGAGUGGAGGAACGUGUUCAAGCUCCUAGGAUCGGCAUUCUUGAACUGGUCCCGUGGAUCCAGUUUCACGGGCCCACUCUGGUCCGUCUGGUGUCUGCAGAUAGUGAGGAGCGCGUAUAGGCUCAUUUCACACAAUCUGGCCUUCCGCUCCGUCUGGCAUGGCAGGAGUUCGCAGCUUGUUGCAGAGCAUAUGCGUGCCACGUAUGACGAUGAUAAUGAUGAUGAUGAUGAUACUAGCAGCUUGCAAGUGGGAUCCGAGCCCAAAUCCAGCCAUUCUCAAGAAAAAGAACCCAAUUCCAGCCCGAUGAAAGACUACAACUACUUGGUGUAUGGAGAAACAAAGCAGGGGUUCAAACUGAAGAAGCCUCAGUAUGCAUUGUCCGCCGACACUACUGCCCGCCGGCGCCGGCCAAAAAGAGGAGGUAGCACCAGCAGCCCGAGGUCCGAGCAGGAGUCGUCGCCACUGGUCACACUGGACAAGGUCUGGGAGUACUGUCCUAUUGACCAGCCACAGAACCGGGAGAAGGACCUCAAAAAGGAGGGCCAUAAGGAUCUCCCUCUGGCCUUCGCCUUGUCCAGGCUGCUGCGGUGCAGGUUAGAGGAUGUGACGCUGCAAGGAUACAGGAGUAUCUUCACAAUAAACCGAGAGCUGGUCAAGAGCAUAAUCGGCGGGGAGGUGGGCGCCAGCGAUGCCCUCAGGAUCAUGGAGCUGCAGCUUGCGUUCGUCCACGACUACUUCAACACCCGCUACCCCAUGGUGUUCUGGUCUGGCCUCCGGUCUCUCUACAUCACUCUGUGCCUGUCCAUACUGACCAUCGGUGCUGUCUGCUGGCUUGCUGUGGACAUCCGUAAGGUGUAUAAGCCCCCCAGUGGCGAGCUUGCCAAUCUGGUCAAGGGUUUUAAUAUCGACAUGAUCAUUACAUGGGCAUUCAUUGUACUGAUGAUUGCCAAGGAGCUCUGGGAGAUGGCGACAUACUUGCUCUCGGACUGGACAAGCUUAAUCAUGGUGUGUGAGUAUGUGCAGAGGAAGUGCAAGGGGGCCAAAGAAUCUGUAGGUGCAAGGGUGAAUCACAUCUAUUCAGCUAAGAUUACUGACAAGAGGUGGCAUGGAUUCCUUGACCAGUAUGUCUUCCUGCAGUCGUAUGAUGACAGACCAAGGCUUUGGAAUUUUGUUCACAACCUAACUACAGGAAUAAUUCCAAAGAAAGACGAUGGGGCAAAGCUCAGCAGUGCCAUCAAAGUUCCGGUCGUUGUCAAGAAGGCAGUCCUGGAUAAGCUCAGCACAAUGGUGGAGGAAAAACCAGGGUAUGAGGCUUACACCGCACCGCCGAUGAGCACUCAGACCGCCAUGCCGACCAGCACUAGCAUCGUCCCGUGCUCUCACAUUGCUGCAGCCACAAGCAUCCUACCAACAAGCUCUCACAUCAUUCUUGUGUGGCACAUUGCGACUAGCCUCUGCGAGAUGAGGCUUGCAAUCAAUCACGGCGUCAACUUGAGCAACCCUGGGUUCCCGUGUUCCCUCCUGUCUUGGCUGACUUCUUGCUGCUCAUCCAAAACGUAUCUUAUGGAUUUGGGUGAGAAGAAAGGUGGCAUCUUGUCCUGGUUCACAAACUGUUGCUCAUCCAAGUCGAAUGAGAAGUUGUCUGAUGAGCUCCGGAAAUCAUACACCAUUGCGAAUAGCUUGUCGCGGUACUGCGCAUAUCUGCUGGUUUCAAAACCUGACCUGAUCCCUGAUAGCUUUCUUGUUCCCAAUAUAGUGUUCCAAAUAACCGUCGAGAAUGCUCGGGAUGAUAUUCUGAAAAACUGUGAUUCAUUAGAGAGCAGGUACUUGAAAUUGAUGAGCGAAGCAGAGAAACCUAUUCAAGACUCUGAAAAAGAGGAUGCAUCGAAACAAGGUGCGGCGCUGGGCAAGGUACUACUCGAUCUUGAACCUGACAAAGUUGAAGUUCACUGGAAGAUCCUGGCAGAGGUAUGGACUGAGUUACUUAUACACAUUGCGCCCACGAGGAACGCACAGGCACACAGGAAGUGUCUUUCUGGAGGGGAGUUCAUAAGCCACAUCUGGGCAUUGCUUUGGCACUAUGACAUCCAGAAAAGUAGCUUGUGGCCUAAUGAAGUUGAGCUAGGAAACAAUGCUCCUGCAGAGCCUGGUGCCCGAAAUGAAAACAAUAUGGACAAUACAGAGCAAGCAUGUGCACUCAGAAGUAACAUCAUCCAGAUUAGCACUAAUGUUCAUGAUGAUUCGGAUGAGAUCAAGGGGACCCAAGAGCAUGAGACAGGAAACUCGAGGAGAGGACUAGGAAGAACGGAGGGAACAGAGAGUUCAGAAAUUGAGGAUUGGUAUCUGCAGAUACCAGCCAUGGAUCAUCAAACCAAGUUUGCCGUGCAGAGGAUUGUUAUCUCGCUCCAUUCGGAUGGACUGAGGUUCCUGGAAUUGGAGGCUCAUAACAUUCCUGAUCUGGCCAAGGAGGUGGAGAUCAGGAUCUCAGAAUGCAGGGAGAAGAAAAGGAAGGAGAGAUGCAGGAUGGAGAGUAUGGUAUCAAGCUUAAAAAAGGAGAACCAGGAUAUCAGGAGUAUGUCGGAGGUUGCCAUAAGUGAGAAGGAUGCAGCGGAGAAUAGCCUUUGUGUGUUGAAGGGCGAUGCCGAUCAGAGAAGAAGUUCAAUCCUGCAGAUUGCUGAGAAGGGAUUGCAGAAGGUUGGCUUUGGCUCCAUCAUGGAGGUGAUAAGUGGAGAAUCAGAAGAUGACUUGAGCAGCUCCAGUGCCAGUGCAGCAUCUAAUGGAAGAGAAAGUAAACAGGAGGUUGACAGUCUCGCUUCAAUAGUUGGUAAGACACUGAAAAACAUGCACUAUGAGAUCAAUGACCUCAGGCAGGCCUUAGACGAGUCCAGCUAA